AGAGCUGUGAGCUCCUGCCCCGCGAAGCGUGGCUCUGCCUGGACCACGGACCGCGAGGGAGGACUCUGCCACCAUGGGAGCCUCUGGGAGGCGGGACGGCCCCUCCAGGGCGAUGCUGACCAUCAGCUGGCUCCUCCUGGCCAGCUUCCACAGGGCCCCAUGCACAGUGGCGACUGAGUGCCCUGACCAGAACCCCGAGCUGCAGCCCUGGAACCCUGGUCAUGAUCAGGACCACCAUGUGCACAUAGGCCAGGACAAGGCGCUGCUGCUCACCGCUUCUGCCACGUUCUACUCGCUUCACAUCACAGACGGAGGAAGGCUUGUCAUUAAAGACCACGAGGAGCCCAUUGUGCUGCGCACCCGGCACAUCCUGAUCGACCAUGGAGGAGAACUGCAUGCUGGCAGUGCCCACUGCCCUUACCAGGGCGACUUCCACAUCGUUUUGUAUGGAAGGGCGGAUGAGGGUGUGGAGCCAGACCCUUACUUUGGUCUGAAGUACAUCGGGGUCGGCAGAGGGGGCACUCUGGAGUUGCACGGACAGAAAAAACUCUCCUGGACGUUCCUGAACAAGACCCUUCGUCCAGGGGGCAUGGAGGAAGGAGGCUAUUUUUUCGAAAGGAGCUGGGGUCAUCGCGGAGUCAUUGUCCAUGUCAUCGACCCCAAGUCAGGGACCGUCAUCCACUCGGAGCGGUUUGACACGUAUAGGUCCAAGAAAGAGAGCGAACGUCUGGUGCAGUAUCUGAACUCGGUGCCUGAAGGCAGGAUCCUUUCUGUCGCGGUGAACGAUGAAGGGUCUAGAAACCUGGAAGACACGGCCAGGAAGGCGAUGACCAGACUGGGCAGCAAACACUUCCUCCACCUGGGAUUCAGACACCCGUGGAGUUUCCUCACUGUGAAAGGAAGUCCCUCCUCUUCCGUUGAAGACCAUAUUGAAUAUCACGGACACCAUGGCUCCGCGGCCGCCCGGGUGUCCAAGCUGUUCCUGACGGAGCACGGGGAGCUCUUCAAUGUUUCCUCGUCCAGCGAGUGGGUUCAAGAUGUGGAGUGGACGGAGUGGUUCCACCAUGACAGAGUGUCCUAUACCAAAGGUGGGGAGAAAAUCUCAGAUCUCCGGGCAGCUCACCCAGGGAAAAUCUGCAACCGGCCCAUUGAUAUACAGGCCACGACAGCGGAUGGAGUUAGCCUCACCACUGAGGUUGUCUACAAAAGAGGCCAGGAUUACAGGUUUGCGUGCUACGACCGAGGGCGAGCCUGCCACAGCUACCGUGUGAGAUUCCUUUGCGGCAAGCCUGUGAGGCCCAAGCUCACAGUCACCAUCGACACGAAUGUGAACAGCACCAUCCUGAGACUGGAGGACAAUGUGCAGUCCUGGAAACCCGGAGAUACCCUGGUCGUUGCCAGCACGGACUAUUCCAUGUAUCAGGCGGAGGAGUUCCGGGUGCUUCCCUGCAGAGCCUGUGCGCCCAACCAAGUCAAAGUGGCAGGGAAGCCAAUGUACCUGCACAUCGGGGAAGAGAUUGAUGGUGUGGACAUGCGGGCUGAGGUCGGGCUCCUGACCCGGAACAUUGUGGUGAUGGGGGAGAUGGAGGACGCAUGCUACCCCUACAACCACCACAUCUGCGACUUCUUUGACUUUGAUACCUUUGGGGGCCACAUCAAGUUUGCAUUGGGGUUUAAGGCAGCACAUAUGGAGGGUGUGGAGCUGAAGCACAUGGGACAGCAGCUGGUGGGUCAGUACCCGAUUCACUUCCACCUGGCGGGUGACGUGGACGAAGAGGGAGGCUAUGACCCGCCCACAUACGUGCGAGAGCUCUCCAUCCACCACACCUUCUCUCGCUGUGUCACCGUCCACGGCUCCAAUGGCCUGUUGGUCAAGGACGUGGUGGGCUAUACCUCUUUGGGCCACUGCUUCUUCACAGAAGAUGGGCCAGAGGAACGCAACACCUUUGACCACUGUCUCGGUCUGCUCGUCAAGCCUGGGACCCUCCUGCCUUCCGACCGUGACAGCAAGAUGUGCAAGACCAUCACCGAGGACUCCUACCCAGGAUACGUCCCCAAGCCCAGGCAGGACUGCAAUGCUGUGUCCACCUUCUGGAUGGCCAAUCCCAACAACAACCUCAUCAAUUGCGCUGCUGCAGGGUCUGAGGAGACUGGAUUCUGGUUCAUUUUCCACCACGUGCCGACAGGCCCCUCAGUGGGAAUGUACUCCCCAGGUUACUCCGAGCACAUUCCGCUGGGAAAAUUCCAUAACAACCGAGCACAUUCCAACUACCGGGCUGGCAUGAUCAUAGACAACGGGGUGAAGACCACAGAGGCCUCUGCCAAGGACAAGCGUCCCUUCCUCUCCAUCAUCUCUGCCAGGUACAGCCCCCACAAGGACGCCGACCCGCUGAAGCCCCGGGAGCCGGCCAUCAUCAAACACUUCACUGCCUACAAGAACCAGGACCAUGGGGCCUGGCUGCGGGGCGGGGACGUGUGGCUGGACAGCUGCCGGUUCGCUGAUAACGGCAUCGGCCUGACGCUGGCCAGUGGUGGCACCUUCCCCUAUGAUGACGGCUCCAAGCAGGAGAUAAAGAACAGCCUGUUUGUCGGCGAGAGCAGCAACGUGGGCACGGAGAUGAUGAACAACAGGGUCUGGGGCCCAGGCGGCUUAGACCACAGCGGAAGGACCCUCCCGAUAGGCCAGAAUUUUCCAAUCCGAGGAAUCCAGUUCUACGACGGCCCCAUCAACGUCCAGAACUGCACUUUCCGAAAAUUUGCGGCCCUGGAGGGCCGGCACACCAGUGCCUUGGCCUUUCGCCUGAACAAUGCCUGGCAGAGCUGCCCCCACAACAACGUGACCCACAUUGCCUUUGAGGAUGUCCCGAUUACUUCCAGAGUGUUCUUUGGGGAGCCUGGGCCUUGGUUCAACCAGCUGGACAUGGACGGGGACAAGACCUCUGUGUUCCACGAUGUGGAUGGCUCCGUGUCGGAGUACCCUGGCUCCUACCUCACCAAGGACGACAACUGGCUGGUCCGGCACCCAGAUUGCAUCAACGUGCCUGACUGGAGAGGAGCCAUCUGCAGCGGGCGCUAUGCACAGAUGUACAUUCAGGCCUACAAGACGAGUAACUUGAGGAUGAAGAUCAUCAAGAACGACUUCCCUGGUCACCCUCUUUUCCUGGAGGGGGCCCUCACCAGGAGCACCCACUACCAGCAGUAUCAGCCGGUCAUCACUCUGCAGAAGGGCUACACCAUCCACUGGGACCAGACGGCCCCCGCCGAGCUUGCCAUCUGGCUCAUCAACUUCAACAAGGGCGACUGGAUCCGGGUAGGGCUCUGCUACCCCCGAGGAACAACCUUUUCCAUCCUCUCGGACGUCCACAACCGCCUGCUAAAGCAGACUUCCAAGACGGGCACCUUUAUAAGGACCCUGCAGAUGGAAAAACUGGAGCAGAGCUACGCGGGCAGGAGCCACUACUACUGGGACGAGGACUCGGGGCUGUUGCUCCUGAAGCUGAAAGCGCAGAACGAGCGGGAGAAGUUCGCCUUCUGCUCCGUGAAAGGCUGCGAGAGAAUCAAGAUCAAAGCCCUGAUCCCAAAGCACGCGCCCAUCAGCGACUGCACCGCCACUGCCUACCCCAAGUACACCGAGAGGGCUGUUGUGGGCGUGCCCAUGCCCAGGAAGCUCCUUAGUUCUCGGCUGAAAACACAGGACCGCUUCUUAGAGGUCAAGAUGGAAAGCUCCAAGCAGCACUUCUUCCACCUGCGGAACGACUUCGCUUACAUUGCAGUGGAUGGGAGGAAGUACCCUGGCUUGGAAGAUGGCAUCCACGUGGUAGUGGUGGAUGGGCACCAAGGGCAUGUGGUGAGCCACAUGAGCUUCCGGAACUCCAUCCUACAGGGCAUCCCAUGGCAGCUCUUCAAUUACGUGGCAUCCAUGCCGGACAAUUCCAUAGUUCUCAUGGCGUCAAAGGGCAGAUACAUCUCCAGAGGCCCUUGGACCAGAGUGCUGGAAAAGCUCGGCGCGGAAAAGGGGCUGAAAUUGAAAGAGAAGAUGGCCUUCGUGGGCUUCAAAGGCAGCUUCCGGCCCACCUGGGUGACUCUGGACACUGAGGACCACAAGGCCAAAAUCUUCCAAGUGGUGCCCAUCCCUGUGGUGAAGAAGAAGAAGCUGUGAGCACGCCUGCUGCCCCCCCCCCAUGCUGCCCUGUGGUGGACUCUGGGCAGCAGACCAGGGCAGGGUGGCUGGGUGCCCUAGCCCCAGCCCAACAGCUGCUUGGCAAGGCUGUGUGUCAGCCCUGCUGGGCCAAGGGGCAGCUCUCAGAGACCCCUGGUGCUGCCCACUCACCCCCACCCCAGUGUCUACCAGCAGCUCUGGGGCCGUGCUGGCCACGUUGGAAAGCUGCCCAUGCCUCCAGCCUCCCGGGGGCUUCAUUCAUAUCUGUGCCUCUUCAGUGGGGUCAUGAGGACCACUUGGGGAGAACUGGACUGUGGCAGCAUCCCAGGACCACCACUCGGGCAGGAACUCCAGCCCAGCCAGGAGUCAGCAGGGGGUUGGAUGUUCUGUUUGCCCCAGGUCCUCCAGCGAGCACCUUGGGGCAGUGGGUGUAAGAAAUUGAGCCGUGGCCUUAAGGAAGUUGUUUUUCCUCUAGCGAGAAGCCACCUCCAUGGGGCUUCAGGCCUGGUGAGUAGACAGAGCUCGCUGGGAUGGAGCUGGUUCCCGGAAGAGAAGGGGUGACCCUGGCUCUACAGGUGCCCAGCCAUCUGGGAGAGACUCCGGGGCGGGAACUGGACGAGGUGGCUUUGGUCUUUUGGCUCUGAGAUUCCAGGUGCCCGUGGCUUUGGCACUUUGUCCCUGAGCCCCUGAGGAGGUGAGAACCCCAGGAGCAGACAGGGUUGGGGGUACAGAGUGAUUCCAGGGCAGAGAGCUAGCAGUUUUGGUGGGCAGGAGUCGCGGACACAUGCCUCGCGCCCCACAGGAAGAUGUAGGCGAGGGGGAGGUGGCGUUCGGUGCGCAUCGCGGAAAGAGUCAUCUCCUAGGCAGGGCGGACAGGAAGUCUUCCUUGGGAGGUGGCAGCAGGGCUUGCCGGGGUGGAGGGCAGGUGGCAUUGGGGUUGCGGAACGGAGAUGGCCUCUGAGGAGCUUCCCAGGCUCCUUUCUGCCACCACAUGCCAGGGCUCGGUGACUGCUGAGGCACCCUGUGCCCCUACUUCCUUGCCCUCUCAUGACGGAGAAGGGUGCGUCAGAAGGGAGGCCGGGGCUGGGCUGAUGGUGCCCAGAGCGCUCGGAAUUCACUUCCUGGCCUAGCCUCUGGCUCUGAGGCGUCCAAGAAGGGCCUCGUUUGCCCUUCACCUCGGGAAGAAACGGGACAGCAGAGGCCUCUGGGAAGCAGCGGGCUGCCUUUGCAUCUCCGCGAUCCUGGGAGGGGGCCAGAGCCGGAAAGCACUUUCGAAGACACGUAGUCCAACCCCUUCGUUUUAGAGUUGGGACAAAGGAGAGGCUGAGAUAGGAAAGAACCACAGGGCCAGGGUGGGCCACAGACAGGGACCCCCCUCCCAGCACCUCCGACCAUACCACGCUGCCUCAACAAUGGCCGACCCUCGAGGGUCCCGGGCACUCCUGAGACAGCUUCCAGCCACGAGGACAAGGCCGCUUUGAGGGACAACCAGAGGAUCAGAGUAUACUUAGCCAGAGACAGGUCCCACUCUGCCCCUGUGCACCUGUACACCCACACCUCCUCUGGGCUGAGUGGUUCCCACAGCCUUCCCCGUGCCCGUCUUACCUGAGUGCCCCUGCCACGCCCGCCCAGCAGCUGGGGCUAUUCCAUUGGUGCUACCUGUCAGCAGCUCUGCAGGUGUGGCCCAGCAGACAGCACGAGGACAUGCUGAAGGAGCUGUAGGGGUCACCCCAGCCCUUUCAGCCGGUUUUCUAAUACCCAGUCCCCUCU